AGCAAUUGCCCUUUUCUUGUGCUUUCUCCAACCUCAUAAUAAUAAAAAAAAGGCUUUGAGUUUGUGUUAUAUAAAAUAAAAAAAAAGAUGAAUUAUUUGGGAAUUGGAGUUAGUCCUGGAAAUGUUCCAGUUUAUGAUGGAAAUAAUUUGAAAGUAAUUGAUAGGAGAGUUAGAGUUACUGAGCUUGUGUUAAGGUGUAUCAUUUUUGGUUUAGCAAUUCUUGGUGCUAUUCUUAUUGGGACUGACAAACAAGCUAAAGUUAUUUUCUCUAUUGAGAAAAUUGCUAAAUUUACUGAUAUGAAAGCUCUUGUGUUUUUAGUGAUAGCCAAUGGAUUAGCUGCUGCCUACUCAUUGGUGCAAGUUCUAAGAUGCAUUUUAAGCAUGAUUAGAGGAACUGUUCUCUUCAAUAAACCAUUGGCUUGGGCUAUUUUUUCUGGUGAUCAGUUGAUGGCCUACGUGACACUAACGGCGGUGGCUGCGGCUGCGCAAUCGGCGGUGUUUGCCAAGUUAGGGCAAACAGAAUUACAAUGGAUGAAGAUAUGCAAUAUGUAUGGGAAAUUUUGUAACCAAGUUGGAGAAGGAAUUGCAAGUUCUUUGAUAGUAAGCCUUAGCAUGAUAGUUCUCUCUGCUAUUUCUGCUUUUAGUCUCUUUCGUUUGUAUGGAAAUAGUAAAGGAAAGGGCAAUGCAAUGUAAUAAUAAUAAUGUAAUGUAACUUUGGUCUUUUUUUUAAAAUCUUUUUUAUCUAUGUUGUAAAAUAAAUCAAAGAACAAAGUUGGUGAGAGUGUUAUAAUCAUUUCAUGUUUAGCUU